CUCGCCUUUUGCGCGUCUUCCCCGCCCGGGACGCGCGGCGCCGAGCAGCUGCGGCCCGGCCCGGCGAGGCCGGCGCGGAGGGAGGAGCGGCCGCCCGCCGGCCUCCCGGACGCGCCACCGGGGCGCUCGCGGAAGAGCCCAAAGUUUGCCGCGCCCGGGGAGUCGCCGCCCGCCGGGAGCCCCGGCCCCGCAGCGCUUCCCGGUACCGUUGGCCAACUUUGCUCACCCCCCACCCCCCGCGGCCCCGCCUCGGCGGAGGCCGGGGGCGCGGAGCGCAGCGCCCCGGCCGGCGCGGCGGGCAUGGGCGGGGGCCGGAGCGGGGACGCGGAGCCGGGGCCCGUGGCCCGAGCCGGGCAGCGUCGGCGCUGAGCGGGGCGGACCUCCCCGCCCGGGCACCUCCGCCGCCAGCAUGCCGCGCCCGGGCCCCCGCCUGUGGCUGGUCCUGCAGGUGAUGGGUUCGUGCGCCGCCAUCAGUUCCAUGGACAUGGAGCGUCCGGGCGACGGCAAGUGCCAACCCAUUGAGAUCCCGAUGUGCAAGGACAUUGGCUACAACAUGACCCGCAUGCCCAACCUGAUGGGCCACGAGAACCAGCGCGAGGCCGCCAUCCAGCUGCAUGAGUUCGCGCCGCUGGUGGAGUACGGCUGCCACGGCCACCUCCGCUUCUUCCUGUGCUCGCUGUACGCGCCCAUGUGCACCGAGCAAGUCUCCACCCCCAUCCCUGCCUGCCGGGUCAUGUGCGAGCAGGCCCGGCUCAAGUGCUCCCCGAUCAUGGAGCAGUUCAACUUCAAGUGGCCCGACUCGCUGGACUGCAGCAGGCUCCCCAACAAGAACGACCCCAACUACCUGUGCAUGGAGGCGCCCAACAAUGGCUCGGACGAGCCCUCCCGGGGCUCGGGCCUGUUCCCGCCGCUCUUCCGGCCGCAGCGGCCGCACAGCGCGCAGGAGCACCCGCUCAGGGACGCGGGCCAGGGGCGCACCGGCUGCGACAACCCGGGCAAGUUCCACCACGUGGGGAAGAGCGCGGCGUGCGCGCCGCUCUGCACGCCCGGAGUGGACGUGUACUGGAGCCGCGGCGACAAGCGCUUCGCGGUGGUCUGGCUGGCCGUCUGGGCGGUGCUGUGCUUCUUCUCCAGCGCCUUCACCGUGCUCACCUUCCUCAUCGACCCGGCCCGCUUCAGGUACCCGGAGCGCCCCAUCAUCUUCCUCUCCAUGUGCUACUGCGUCUACUCCGUGGGCUACAUCAUCCGCCUCUUCGCUGGCGCCGAGAGCAUCGCCUGCGACCGGGACAGCGGACAGCUCUAUGUCAUCCAGGAGGGGCUGGAGAGCACCGGCUGCACCCUUGUCUUCCUGGUCCUCUACUACUUCGGCAUGGCCAGCUCGCUGUGGUGGGUGAUUCUCACACUCACCUGGUUCCUGGCUGCGGGCAAGAAGUGGGGCCAUGAGGCUAUCGAGGCCAAUAGCAGCUACUUCCACCUGGCAGCCUGGGCCAUCCCGGCGGUGAAGACCAUCCUGAUCCUGGUGAUGCGCCGGGUGGCUGGGGACGAACUCACCGGCGUGUGCUAUGUGGGCAGCAUGGACGUGAACGCCCUCACCGGCUUCGUGCUCAUCCCACUGGCCUGCUACCUCAUCAUCGGCACUUCCUUCAUCCUGUCUGGCUUCGUGGCACUCUUCCACAUCCGGAGGGUGAUGAAGACCGGUGGGGAGAACACGGACAAACUGGAGAAGCUCAUGGUGAGAAUCGGGGUCUUCUCGGUGCUUUACACCGUGCCGGCCACCUGUGUGAUCGCCUGUUACUUUUACGAACGCCUCAACAUGGAGCACUGGAAGAUCCUAGCCACGCAGCACAAGUGCAAAAUGAACAACCAGACCAAAAGUCUGGACUGUGUGAUGGCUGCGUCCAUCCCAGCGGUGGAGAUCUUCAUGGUGAAGAUCUUCAUGCUGCUGGUGGUGGGCAUCACCAGCGGCAUGUGGAUCUGGACAUCCAAGACCCUGCAGUCCUGGCAGAAUGUUUGCAGCCGCAGGUUCAAGAGAAAGAGCAGGAGGAAACCUGCCAGCGUGAUCACCAAUAGUGGGAUAUACAAAAAAGCCCAGCAUCCCCCAAAAACCCACCUCGGAAAAUAUGAGAUCCCUGCACAGCCUCCCACGUGUGUGUGAACUGGCUUCUGGGGGAGGCCGGCGUGGAAAACCUUCCCAGACAGGAUACAAUGGCAAUCAGAGCCAAAACAUGGUGCUUUUCCUGGUUGGUUGUUUUUUUUUUUUUGUUUUGUUUUGUUUUGUUUUGUUUUGUUUUUAAUAAAAGUAAACGAAAAAAGUUUUUACUCUUAAAUUCAGGAUACUGUGGUACGCUCAAAGUAAAAAUGUGCUUAUGGGGUUUUUGUUUUGUUUUGUUUUGUUUUCGCAAGGAGAGCUCCUCAAUUAAGUAGCCUCUCGUGUAACUAAUUUGUGGUAAAGUAGUUGGUUCAGCCCCCAGAAGAAAACUUUUGUUUAGAAGCUUCCAUAAAUACAUAGCUGUGUGUUUGAGUUGGCUUUGCUACCCAUUUACAAGUCAGAGGAGAGAUGGCUUCUUUGUACAUUGAAGAACUUUUGCUGGGAGCAUUGGGGGGGGGGGUUGAGAGAGAGAAAGAGAGAGGGAAGUGGGUCUCCGGCAGGAGCCAUCCUAGGGACCCACCCCCAGGAAGGCUGUGUGUGGGACAGCAGCUUCUGUGCAGACAGGAAGAAAGGGGAACCCUGACAAUUUAGCACACUCCAGUGGAUUUGGAGUCACUUAAAAUAGACUCCAGCCUCUAGCCUUCACAAAUGGUCUUUCUCCAAGACAGAAACUUCCACCAAACCUAACAUUUGCAAAUGCAAACAAUGUGCAAUACGUUUCUUCCCUCUUUCCGUUAAAAUGAAAAGAGAAACAAGUAUUUUGCUGUACAUAAAGACAACAAAAGAAAUCCCAACAAAAGCACGGAGAGGCCCAGCCCUCAGAAACCCUCUAGUGUUACAUUUUGUGGCUUUUUAAUGGAAACCAAGCCAAUGUUAUACACGUUUGGACUGAUUUGUGGAAAGGAGGUGGGGGGGGGGAGGGAAGAAAGAUCAUUCAAAAGUAUCCAAAGGGCUUAUUGACUCUUUCUAUUGUUAAACAAAUGGUUUCCAUGAAUAGCUCAAGAAGCACUAGACAAGUCUACAUUAUUCUCCCCCACCAUCCCAGGGAAGAGUGGUCCUGCUUGUGUAUAUUUGUAAUAUAUGAUAUUUUUCAUGCUCCACUAUUUUAUUAAAAAUAAAAUAUGUUCUUUAGUUUGCUCUGG